UGAGGAGGCUAGUUGGCCAAAGGUGGCGGAAGGAACAUAGGUGUACAUUUGGGAACCUGGAUUUGUCACCCAAAGCAACAAUAACGAAUAUGAAACUUGAAGACAAACUUUCUGCAUAUUUGAAGGAUCAGUCCCUAUGAAUGUCAAGCACAAGCUGUUAGGCUACCUGUCCUCCACUGGCUGUAACUCCUUUUGAUCAGGCAGGCAGAGAAAAUGCCAGUUUUGGAGAGGGAACAAUCAACCAAUCCUGACACCAAUAAUGGUUUGCCUAAGCUGCCAGUUCCUGACUUACAGCAUACACUGGACAUGUAUCUUAAGUGUAUGAAACACUUAGUACCUGAGGAGAAGUUCAGAAGGACCAAAGGCAUUGUGCAAAUGUUUGGAGCUCCUGGAGGAGUGGGCGAGAUGCUUCAACAACAACUUCACAAAAGGAGAGAGAGCAAAGCAAACUGGGUUUAUGACUACUGGCUUGAUGAUAUGUACUUGAAUAACAGAUUAGCAUUACCAGUGAACUCUAGUCCAGUUAUGGUUUUCCCAAAACAAAACUUCAAGACUGAUAGUGAUGCUUUAAGAUUUGCUGCUCAUCUCAUCUCUGCUGUACUGGAAUAUAAAACACUACUGGAAACACAUGCACUGCCGGUGGAUUUUGCUCGGGGUCAGCUGGCUGGGACUCCACUAUGUAUGGAACAGUACUAUAAGCUCUUCACUUCCUAUCGUCUUCCUGGGCCAAAAAAAGACACACUAGUUGCCCAGAAAAGCAGUGUGAUGCCUGAGCCAGAGCAUAUCAUAGUCGCCUGCAAAAAUCAGUUCUUUGUUCUGGAUGUGGUGAUCAACUUUCGGCGACUGAAUGAGAAAGAUCUGUACACUCAGUUGGAGAAGAUCAGGAAGAUGGCAGAUAAUGAAGAGGAGCGUCUUCCACCUAUUGGCCUUCUAACUUCAGAGGGGCGGACAGAGUGGGCAGAAGCUCGCAGCAUCCUUAUUAAAGAUUCUACCAACAGAGACUCCCUGGACGUGAUUGAGAGGUGCUUGUGUUUGGUGUGCUUGGAUGAACCUAGUGGCUUGCAACUUACUGACACCAAUCGUGCCUUGCUCAUGCUCCAUGGAGGAGGCCCAGAGAGACAUGGGGGGAACCGCUGGUAUGACAAACCCAUGCAGUUUGUCAUAGGGUCAGAUGGCUGCUGUGGAGUUGUAUGUGAACACUCACCCUUUGAAGGGAUUGUCCUUGUCCAGUGCACAGAGUAUCUCUUGAAAUACAUGAAAGGAAUCCCAUCUAAGUUGGUGAGGGCAGCCAGUGUGAGUGAGCUACCAGCCCCAAGGCGACUGCGUUGGAAAUGCUCUCAGGAAAUCCAGGCUCUCCUUGCCGCCUCAGCAGACAAAUUACAUCGACUUGCUAAAAAUCUGGAUAUGAAUGUUUAUAAGUAUACCAAGUAUGGCAAAGAGUUCAUCAAGCGGCAGAAAAUGAGCCCAGAUGCAUAUAUUCAAGUAGCACUUCAGUUUGCAUAUUACAGGUGUCAUAGAAGACCUGUGUCAACUUAUGAAAGUGCUUCCAUUCGUCGAUUUCAAGAGGGCCGUGUGGACAAUAUUCGUUCAGCCACAUUUGAGGCCUUGGCUUUUGGGAAGGCCAUGACUGAUGGGAGGUCAACAUUCUCGAAUGAUGAAAAGAUGAAAACUCUUCAGGAUGCCAUUAAUGCCCAGACGAAUUACACUAUCUUGGCAAUUACAGGCAUGGCCAUUGACAAUCACCUGUUGGGGCUGAGAGAAAUGGCCAUGGAGUUACACAUGGAGAUGCCUGACAUCUUCACUGAUGAGACUUACAGAGUCAGCAAUCAGUACAUCCUUUCUACAAGCCAGGUGCCUACUACAGUAGAUAUGUUCUGCUGCUAUGGUCCUGUAGUCCCAAAUGGCUAUGGUGUAUGUUACAACCCUCAAUCAGAUGCCAUUCUCUUCUGUGUGUCCAGUUUCAAUGACAGUGACGAGACUUGCAGCAACACAUUUGUGAAACAUCUAGAGGAAUGCCUGUUGGAGAUGGAAAGUCUAUGCCGCAAAAACAGUGGUAUUGCUUCAAGUUGAUAAAAUGUAGGAUUGUGUGGAUAAGUUCUGAAAUGGGUCCAUGAGUUUAAUAGUGUGACCCAAUAACCUUUACAAUACAAUAGCCUAACAAAUACAAUAGCCUAAAAUGGUCAGUUCUGAAUGCACACAUUUUAAAUACAAAUUUAAGGCACUUUAUAAAUAGACAAUAGACUUAAAAACAAUACUCGAGUGGUUAUGAUGAGAUCGUAUGACAUCUACUCUCAUGGAAGUGGGAUCUUUAGAGUAAAAGACUUUCCUAUUUCAGUUCAUUUUGAUUUCAGGCACCUAGCAUCUAAACUGUCACUUGAAAUCUUGCUCAUCAUGAUUCCUGAAGGAGGAAGUAGGCAGAUUUUGUAGGCUACUGUUACACUUCCAUUCAUGGUUGCAGAUAGUUAGCAAUAUUAAGCUACCAAAUAUAAUGUCUAGCCUAUACCGAUAUAUGCUGACUAGCUAGUCAACUAAAUUGCUCUCUACCAGACAUUACGUAACAGCGUGUCCUAACCAGAUCCAAACGAGCGACUAUCUUGUAGCAUUCGGUGUUAUCUGUCUACACUGAAUCUGUUAAAUAUGCCCUUCUAUUGCGUCAUAUUUCUCAUUUAAAAUAGCAGAGCAACGUGAGCGACCGAAAGAAAAUCUCUCAAAACGUUGUGUUGCAUCACACUGCUCGUGUCGCUUGCAGUAAAGACAAUUGAAAACAAUGUAGCCUAUUUUAACGGGUUUUUAACAGCUAAUGUUCACACACAUCGCGUCUGAUUAGGGCACGCUUUUAGGGAUAAUGUUUUGUCCGUCGGUCAUUAUCGGAAAAUAAGUCCUAACAGGACCCCAACACCAAUAAUGACCGGCGGACAAUACAUUAUCCCACUUUUUACACGGCUACUUGCCAAAACGAGUCAAGAAACUUUACUCAAUGGGUCUUUUAAGUAAGGGAUAAUGUAUUGUCCGCCAGUAAUUAUAGAAAAUAAGACCUGACAGGGCGAACAGGACCCUGAUGUAGCAGCGGAGGGGUCUUGCUUCGUCCUGAAGGGACUUAUUUUAUGAUAAUUACCAGCAGACAAUACAUUAUCACGCUUAUGACACGGCUACUUGCCAAAACGAGAAAGGAGACUUCACACAAUAGGUCUUUUAAAAUGAUUUUAAUACCAUUUUGUGGCUUCCGCUGACAAAACAAAUAGUUUGCCAAACAAAUAGAACUUGCAGGGCCAGGUGUUGCGUGGAAACGUCUUACUUGCUGAGUUUCAUUUUCAAUGAAAUUCCAUUGCAAUAGGCUAACGGACUACUUGCGGAAUGAUAUGAAAGACGUGAAUAAAAAGCACAAAACCUGUUACCAUUGGCAGCAGUCAUUAUAUAUUAUAUUAUAUAGAAGAAGAAAGUUUCAGGUGUUGUAUGGCAACGUAUUACUUGCCGACAUCAACUUUCCAUUGCGAUAAAUGAACCAACUACUAUCAACAACUAUCCUUGAAUUUCCAACAUGGAAUUGAAUAUUCUUAUCCAACAACUAUCCUUGAAUUUCCCCUGGGGAUCAAUAAAGUAUCUAUCUAUCUAUCUAUCUAUCUAUCUACUCAGAAUGAUAUGAAAGACGUGAAUAAGAAGCACAAAACCCAUUUUCCUUGACAGCGGUCUUUAUACAAAAUUCUAUAAUAUAAAAAAUAUAAAUAUAUUGCUGAAAUAACAAGACAUCAUAAUUAAAUGACAUAGAUGGUAUUUUAUGAAGCAUACUGAUAAUGUGAGAAUGGAAGGAAAACUAGUAUAGUUGACAAUGAAAGUUAAAUGGGUAAAAUGUUAUGUUGAAGCCUACACACAAUAAAAAAAAAACACUGGUCAACAUGCUUGUUAACUUUACAUAAUAGAUGUUUCAUUUCAAUGUUGUGUUGUCCAAAAUUAUAUUGAUAUUUUAACAUUUGUAUUUGGUAGAAGUAAUGUCAUAAAUGUGAAUGUUGAAGGUGAUAAUCUUAAUUUACAGUAUUUAAGGUUGGCCUGAACAUGAGAAAAGCUUGUGCAGCUUGUAUAGAAUUACUAGCUUUAGGCAAUCAUAUUCCCUGUUAUCACAUAUCAGAACAAAAAUGUAUUUCAUAUUAUGCAUGUGUAUACAUAACAUGUAAAGCACACUAUGUGGCCUCUAACAUGCUCUUUUAUGAUGUAUAGGGCAGCAUACAUAUAUAAAUACAUAUUCCCUUCUGUGUACCAAUCACACAGCAAGUACACUUUGGUUUUAGAAAAAAUGGUUGCAAAAAUAAUUUCAGUGAUCAGAGUAACCCAACAGUGUCACAAAUUGUAACAAUUGUAUUACAUGAAUUGAAGGUGUUAUAUUUUCAGAUAUCUAGCCUGUCAGUCCAGUUAGACAGUGUGCUCAUGAGAUAUUUGUGAGACUUAAUGAAGCAAUAAAUUUCAGAAAAUAAUGUAGCAUUAUGUCAAUAUAUAUUUUCAUAGUUUUAUGUAGUUAAGUGUUUGAAAAACAAUGCUGUGAGUAUGUGAAAUUAUUUUGCACAAAUAAUAGCCUAAUAUUAAUACUUCUGAGAGACUGCAUGGUCAAUGGGACCACAUCCUGAUCAAGCGUGGCCUACAAUGAAUAUUUCAUGGACAAAAAGUCCCACAUCUUUGUCCCACAUCUAUUUGUGGAAAUAAAUCAAUAUGAAAAGGAUAUCUGCUUAUAUGUCUUUAUGGAAUUCUCAAAUUGGAAUAUUAAGGGAAAUGUGAUUACAGGUUAAAGAUUCCAACAUCAGUCUUGAGUUCUUGCUGUGAUUACACAUCCAUUUGUAUUGAGCUUCCAGCAAUCUGUAAAAAUGUUAGAUUUGUACUUGGAGGUGUAAAUUCAGCUAGUAUAUUUGAAUCAUUCAUAUUACAACAUCUGUGCAUCAAGACCUGAAGUAUAAACCUAGCCUCAUUAAGGACAUGAUAAAUAAUGUCAAUGUCAAUGUAGAAAGUAAAUUUAGAAACCAAAGUGCUGUAUGUAACAAGAUGCUCCACCAUCUUGGACCAAUUGCAGGCGUGAGAGAGAGGCCUGGCUAACACCAACAUAAAGUGAGUUACAGUAGCCUACUCCGGAUGGCAUGGAUUACUCUUUCAGUCAUUAAAUGAUAGAAAUGGUUGGCAUAAUGGCAUAAUCUACUAAACAUACAACUAAAUCAAUGUUUUUUUUGUUGUUUUUAAAAUGUAACUAAUCUGUGAAAUGUAAAAGAAUGUACUUUAUUGUAUACUUGUCAUCUAGUAAAGUGUGCCAUUUAUAACACAGAGAAAAAGUAUAUUAUUAUUUAUUAUGUUUCUGUAUUG